AGAAGGACAUGCAGUUUGUUGACUUUCAUGUAAAAAAACAAAUAUAUAUAUCUUUUUUUUUUUUGUAACAUUGAAGGAGGAAAAACAUUGGCUUUUUUAGUUUACAAUUAAAUGGAAAAAGUACAUCAAAGUGAACCUAAACGUGAUUGACAGACACACACUGCAUGAUGCGUGAAUACAAGUUAGUAGUCCUCGGCUCAGGAGGUGUCGGCAAGUCUGCACUGACUGUUCAGUUUGUUCAGGGGAUCUUUGUGGAGAAGUAUGACCCCACAAUAGAAGAUUCAUAUAGAAAGCAAGUGGAGGUGGAUGGCCAGCAGUGUAUGUUGGAAAUCCUGGACACUGCAGGGACGGAACAAUUCACAGCCAUGAGGGACCUAUACAUGAAGAAUGGCCAGGGCUUCGCACUAGUAUACUCCAUAACUGCACAGUCCACAUUUAAUGACCUGCAGGAUUUGAGAGAACAGAUUCUCCGAGUUAAAGACACUGAUGAUGUGCCGAUGAUCCUGGUGGGGAACAAGUGUGAUCUGGAGGAUGAGAGAGUGGUGGGUAAGGAACAGGGACAGAACCUGGCCCGCCAGUGGAACUGCUGUGCCUUCCUUGAGUCCUCCGCAAAGUCCAAGAUUAACGUCAAUGAGAUCUUCUAUGACCUGGUCCGGCAAAUCAACAGGAAAACCCCAGUACCCGGGAAGGCGCGCAAAAAGUCUAACUGUCAGCUGCUCUAAUACACAGCUGUUCUGUUGCUCUGAGCCAGGUCUGAUUUGCUGCUGUGUCUGUCAGCAGUGCCAGCAUUCCGACGUUACUAAAACCUAACAUCGAAUGGACUUUCCUGUGUGGUGAUGCCCCUUUAAAGAAACCAACCGACAGAUUCAAGGCUACAGUAUCAUAUUUUUUUGCACAUAGAUAACCAUCAACACUUUCCAGAGUUGCAAGAAUGAUUUUUACUUAUAAAUAUAUAAAUAUAUAUUCUAACUGUAUGCAACUAAAAUAGACCAAUAAUUAUGUGGAUAAAACAAAUAGUCCUAAAAGAAUUUUAAAAAAACGCAGCGCCCACACACAGUGUUAUUGCUAACGGAGUCAGCCACCGUUGGAAAAGUAAGGAGCGUGUGUUAAACCUGACUGUGCACGUUGCCAUGGCAAUUACAAUGAUGCGAUAUUUAUAAGCACCACUAUUUUAGCCAGAGAUGAGAGGAAGUCCAAAGACACCUAUAUAGUCCAUUUCGUACAGCUAACUUUGCUCCUUGGUUUCUGUGCAUUUCUUUCUGUAGAUUUUGUCUUAUUUUUUUUUUUUCCAACAUUUUUUUUUUGUGGAAUAUUUUAUUUUCAUCCUAAUUUUCUUCCUCCUUUCUGCAUUUUCUCUUUUUAAAAGUUACUAGUUUUUGCUCUGCCAAGAUGGUAUAUCACAUGAACUAUUGAUAUGAGUUUUAUCUUUAGGAAAACCUGUGGAUACAUGUAUGUGUAAAAAAUUAAAAAAAAAAAAUAUAAUGAUUUCUGUCACUAUUAUGUUGUUCUUAGCCUCAAAUGCCUUCAAAUAUGUAUUUAGAUCUUUUUUUCCCCUUAGCAGGCGAAUUCAACAAAAAAAAAAAAAAAACUUAUUCCAUUUCUCAUUCCAGUUUUUUUUUUUUUUUACAUUUUUAUCUUGUUUACAGACAUUUGUACAGUUUGGGGUGCUCACAAAGUGGCACUGUUGAAAGGGACAGUUAAGCUUCACAUUGAAAGAGUAAAAUACAAUAAAUCAGCUUUGCAUCACA